AGGAAUUACCUCAGGAUCUCAAAAAUUAUUUAGACGCAUCUGAAAAUGGUGUCAUAUACAUCAGCUUUGGAACCAACGUAGAACCAGCUUCGUUACCUCCAGAAAAAAUUCAAUCAAUGAUUGAUGCAGUUUCUAAGUUACCUCACAAUGUGAUAUGGAAGUGGAAUCAAGAUGAGUUGCCGGGAACAAUUUCCAAGAUAAGAAUUUCAAAAUGGUUUCCACAGUCGGACCUUUUACGUCAUACAAAAGUUAAAAUGUUCAUCACACAAGGAGGUCUACAAUCAGCUGACGUAGCCAUAACAGAUGCUGGUGUACCUUUGAUCGGCAUCCCCAUGUUGGGAGAUCAAUGGUUUAACGUAGAACAAUAUGAGUAUCAUAAUAUUGGCAUCAAAAUUGACAUGGACAUCAUUUCAGAAGAAAAACAGAGGAACGGUAUCGAAACUGUUAUGAAAGAUAAAAGUCAUCCAAAAAUAAAACUGUUCAUCACACAAGGAGGUCUACAAUCAACUGACGAAACCAUAACAGAUGUAUCCACCGCGGCCGGCAAGCCUGUGCGGUGCCGCAUGUUCCCGUGGUGUCGCUUCCGCGCCGUGUGUGCGUUCCAACACCCGCCUUGCAUGGACCAGGCCGCGUGCGAACGCCGCGGCUGUAUGUACGAACACAAGACCCUACCGGCACAAUCGGCCCCGCCGGCUCAAGCGCCUUCGCCCAUGGACGUCACCUCGUCGAUUGACGUGGCCUCGCCCAUGGACGUGGCCUAG